AAUGAAAUAAAUACAGGGUUAAUACCAAAUUCCUCUGAUAGAAUAAUAAGCAAAUAUAUCUGUUAUUAUGAAUUCCUUCAUUGUGUGCACUGUGCAAUAAUUAUUGAUGUUACACCAACUAUAAGUUAGAAAUUAAAAGGUCCAUUUGAAGCAACAUGGCGCUCGUUUGUUCAAUCUGCCACGAGGUACCUGAGCACCCAGUUUUGUCGACGGUGUCAAACCAUGUCUUUGAGCGUCGACUCAUUGAGAAGUUCAUCGCAGAGAAUGGCGUUGAUCCAAUCAACGGGGAGGUGCUGUCAGAGGACCAGCUGGUGGAUAUCAAAGUGAGCCCCUUGGUCAAGCCACGCCCCCCGACAGCCACCAGCAUCCCUGCCAUCUUGAAGUUACUGCAGGAUGAGUGGGAUGCUUGCAUGCUGCACAGCUUCACCUUGCGCCAGCAGUUGCAGACGGCUCGGCAGGAGCUGUCCCACGCCCUGUACCAGCACGACGCGGCCUGCCGUGUCAUUGCAAGACUCACCAAGGAGGUCACUGCUGCACGUGAAGCCUUGGCUACUUUGAAGCCCCAGGCUGCCCCAGGCAUGGUCCCCGCCCAGAUUGCUGCCCUACCUGCAGGUGCCGCCCAGGGCGUGGUCAGACAUGAACCCAUGGAGGCUGCUGAGCCUGGGCCAGCAGCAAUGACUGAGGACAUUAUACAGAAGCUACAAGAGAAGGCCAACCUGUUGACUGCAGAGCGUAAACGUCGUGGCAAGAAAGUUCCUGACGAGCUCAUGCCGCCAGAUGACAUCAGGUCCUUCAGAACCCUGUCCUCCCAUCCUGGUCUGCAUAGCGCCAGUGUGCCAGGUAUUUUGUCCAUGGAUCUCCAGGCCACAGAUACAUCUAAGGUGUUGACAGGUGGUGCUGAUAAGUCAGUUGUUGUUUUCAACAAGGACACGGAGCAGGUGACUGCCGUCAUGAAAGGUCACAGCAAGAAGGUCACCAAUGUCAUCUAUCACCCCACAGAGGAAAUUGUGUUCAGCUCCUCCCCGGACACCACCAUCCGCAUCUGGUUCGUUGGCAAUGCUUCCUGCCAGCAAGUCAUCCGUGCCCACAAUGCACCGGUCACCGGGCUGAGUCUCCACGCUACGGGCGACUACCUACUGAGUUGCUCCGAGGAUCAGCACUGGGCGUUCUCCGACAUCGCAAGCGGUCGCGUGCUGACUAAGGUUACUGAUGAUUCCAUUGGGCAUGCUCUGACAUGCGCCCAGUUCCAUCCUGAUGGUCUGAUCUUCGGCACGGGUACCGGCAGCAGCAUCAUCAAAAUCUGGGAUUUGAAAGAAGGGACCAACGUGGCCAACUUCCCUGGCCACUCUGGACCCAUCACCGCUCUGGCAUUCUCUGAGAAUGGUUACUACCUGGCAACGGCUGCUGACGACGCGGUGGUCAAGCUGUGGGAUUUACGCAAGCUGAAGAACUUCAAGAAUAUCACCCUGGACGAUAGAUACGAGGUGAAGUCACUGUCCUUUGACCAGAGUGGAACCUAUUUGGCUGUGGCAGGCACAGACCUGAGAGUCUACCUCUGUAAGCAGUGGCAGGAACUCAAGGUCUUCUCGGAUCACACUGACAUGACUACCGGGGUUCGAUUUGGUCAGCAUACUACGUUCCUAUCCUCCGUCAGUAUGGAUCGUAGUCUCAAGUUCUAUGGACUCUGAUCGGUAACUCUCUCCUACCUUGAUGUUGGUUUGGUCUGCAGCUUUUGGUGACAAAACUUGACGGUAUCAUGGUUACUCAACAUUGAGUAGUUAUCAAACUUUGAAGUUGUAUCUUUUUUUUCUGCAAGAGGCCAUCAGAAAUGAUCAGUUUAACCCUGUUAAUCAGAGAUGGGGUGGAUAAUUUUUUCCUGCUUCAGCAGAAAAAAUAACACAACUCCAAGUUUGAGUGGAAAUCAACAGAUGUGAAAGCCCGAUAGAGUACCGAAGUGUGACGUCAGCUGUCGUUGUUCUGGCUCACGAUGGUUUGCGCGCUGAUGUCUUCAUACAGUUAAGCUGUGCGCGUGGAACACAAUACGCGGCACA